GGCGCGGUGGUGCCGUCCACGGUGCUCCCCACCUGCGUGGACACGGACGGCAAGGUGUACGUGGAGGGGCAGCGCUUCUCCAAGGCGUGCGACCAGAUGUGCUCGUGCGCGGGCGGGAGCGUCUCGUGCUCGCCCCGGUGCAAAGCGCCCUUCAUGCGUCGAGGCGCCCGGGCCGACCCCCUCUGCGUCGAGAAGGACUCGGACGACCCGUGCUGCGUGCUCAUGGUGUGCGCCAGCGAGUCAGAACCCGAGCCGCCGGCCGAGAGCUGCACCUUCAAGAACAAGACCUACAGCCGAGGGCAGACUUUCUUCGACGCCUGCGAGUCCACCUGCAACUGCGGCGAAGCGGGCAAUGUGACAUGUAAGCCAAGGUGUCCGCCGACCGAGGCCAAGAUGUCGGACCGCUGCGUCGCCGUGCCCGACUCGGCCGACCCCUGCUGCACCGUGGUGCUGUGUGACGUCACCCUGGGCGACGAGGUGGCCAAGCCCGCCAUGGGUGCCGAGGAGGCGGCCCUCUCCCUCCGCCUGCAGCUGGGCGGCGCCGAGGCGGUGAACAGCACGGCCGUGCGCCUGUCCUUCCCCGGCGGCGACCUCCCGGACAACGUGACGGUGGAGGCCUCCGUGGACGGCCGGGUGUGGUCGCGCCAGGAGGUGGUCCACGAGGCCGGCGCGGCCGUCAUCUCUGCGCUGCAGUCGGGCAGGACGUACUUCAUCCGGCUGCGAGUGCCCAUGUCCGCCGACAUGGGCAACACGGUGGAGGUGUCGCUGCCCGCCGGGCCGCCCACGUCCGCCGCGCCGCCUUCCACGACCGCGGCCCCCGCGGCCGCCAACGGCACCUCGGCGGCGACCCCUUCCGCGGCCGCGUGCACCUACAAGGGCAAGGGAUACGCGCUCGACGAGGAGUUCCACGACGGCUGCCUCGCCUUCUGCGCCUGCACGUCAACCGGCAUGCAGUGCGCGCCGCUCGAGUGCCCCACUGACUUCGGGCUGGACCUCCUCGACCCCGAGUGCCUGGACUGGGAGACGGUGCCGAGGAACUUCGUGCCGCAGCCUCCACACUGCUGCCCGGAGAAGGUGUCGUGCCGCAACAACGGCUCUUGCGCCUACGAGGGCCAACGCUUCCCCAACUUCAGCGAAAUCCCCACCAAGGUGACCGGCUGCGGCCAGCGCUGCUACUGCGAGUACGGCAACGUGACCUGCGAGGCCGUGUGUCCGCCGGUGGCACCCGCGCCCCCCGCGGCGCUGCCCUGCGAGCCGCAGCAGGCCAUCCUGGGCCACCAGCACGGCGACGACUGCUGCCUGUUCUGGAUGUGCCCUCAGCCCGUGCCGCACUUCGGAGGCCACCCAGGCAACGAGACGGACCAGGGCGAGAGACCUCCCGCGCCCCCGACCCCCUCCAAGGCCUCCUUCCCCCUCGUGCUCGCACCCACUCCU